CAAGAAUCUGGUUGCGUUGGAAUGAUUCAUGAAAAGAAGAUGUAUGAGGUCAAGGGGGGCACCGGCGAUAUCUUCGUGAAAAGAAACAUUACGCCGCCGGAAUUCAUGUUCAACUGGAAGGGCGAAAUCGAGGUGCCGCAUGUCGCUAUGGAGAGGGUCAAAAACGAGGCCGCCGCCAUGAUGUAUGUGAAAAAACAUACUGACGUACCCGUCCCCACCAUCCACUGCGCUUUCGAGGAUAAUGGACGAUACUACAUCAUCGAGGACUUGAUGCCUGGCGUCGGCAUACACAGACUCUCGGAGCCUCAGAGAACGAUUGUGAUGGAGGAGCUCGAAGGUUAUAUCGCCGAAUUAAAUAGCAUAACAUCGACUGCGAUGGGCGGAUUUGCAGGAGCCGCUUGUCUCCCUUGCCGCGUCUCGCAGGAGCUCGUUCUCUGUCACAAUGACCUAUCACAGUACAACGUUCUUGUCGACGAGGAGACACUGAAGAUCACUGCGAUCAUCGAUUGA